CGCCCCGCAAUUCGGCCCCGCCAUGGCCGGGGUCUCUGACGCCGCCGCCGCCGCCUGGAGCCUGCUCGCCGCCUGAUUGAUUGGCUCCGCCGUCUUCUCUCCGGGUUUUUCUAGGUUUGCCAGAGGCAUUACUGUUGAAAAAAAAUCUUGGUACUUCUGAUCGAAAAAGGAAAAGUUUGAGUUAGGGACAUCCAUGAUGCCUGGCUCUGGCUUUGGUACAAAUGCUGCCAUGGGUUCUGCAUCUCUUCCUGCUAGAGUUGAGUAUAAUACAAAUAAUGGUUUGUCCGCGGAAUACAUAUAUGACCAGGGUCUAUCUUAUCCAGCUACAAACGGAUAUGCUUACUAUGCAGGAUUUGAACAACCAGUUGGAUGGAGUGAAAACACUAAUGUUUGGGGGUUAGAUGGUCAAUAUGUCCAGCAGUCCAAUGACAAUCUCCCUUAUGUAUAUUGCACACCUGGCUAUGGAUAUCCCUAUUCUUCCCAAGAUCAGUUCGCAUAUAUGCCUGGUAUGGUCAUGGGAGUUGAUGGCACAAUUGUAGGAAGUCAACAAUAUUUCACUAAUCCAUAUCAGCCUCCUGGCUCGCCAUCUGGUUACUUCCCAGUAUUCGUCCAGCCCACAACUGAUAUGAGCUCCACUGUUUCUUUGGAGCCUCCUACAUUCAGUACUGGCUCUUCUGUUGCUAGUAGGCCUGCUAAUAUUAGGAUAAAAGAUAGACCUCAAAUGUCUGGAAAUACAACGGUUUCUCAGACUGCUUCGCAGACUGUCCCUUCUGGAAGUCCAGCUAUUGGUCCCUCCCAUCGCCCUUAUCAGAAUCAAAGCACCAAUAAGCCUUCUGAUCUUCCAAGUGUUAAUGUGACGAGACGUGACAAUCCUUCAACCUCACAUUUGGCAAUUCCAGUUGAUGCUUCAUCAGCUUACAAGAAUUUCCAGGUCACUUCAGAUGCGAGUGCUGGGGACACUGGACCAAGAACAGAUAGGCCAGAAGUCGCGUCAGUGGCUACCACGGCGGGUCAAGAUACUGAAACCGAAGCAGUGCCAAGCAGUUCUGUGAAAAACAUUAUAAUACAUCCUGACCAAUAUAAUAAGGACGACUUCCCUAUUGAUUAUCCAGAUGCCAAGUUUUUUGUCAUCAAAUCUUACAGUGAAGAUGAUGUGCAUAAGAGUAUCAAAUAUAAUGUGUGGUCCAGCACACCCAAUGGCAACAGGAGGUUGGAUGCUGCAUACUCUGAAGCACAAGGAAGAAGUCCACGAAAGUGUCCAAUAUUUCUAUUUUUUUCGGUUAAUACAAGUGGGCAGUUUUGUGGUGUCGCUGAAAUGCUUGGCCCUGUGGAUUUUCACAAAGAUAUGGAUUUCUGGCAGCAAGAUAAGUGGUCUGGGAGCUUUCCACUGAAGUGGCACCUCGUAAAGGAUGUGCCGAAUUCGUCCUUUCGGCACAUCAUAUUAGAGAACAACGAGAAUAAGCCUGUUACCAACAGCCGAGAUACACAAGAGAUACCUUACAAGUCAGGAAUAAACAUGCUAAAGCUAUUUAAGAGCAGUCUGAUGACGACAUCGAUUCUUGAUGACUUCCCAUUUUAUGAAGGGAGGCAGAAAGCAAUGGUAGAACAGAAACGCAGACACUUGGGUAGAAGUUCCAAUGGUCUUAUUUAUGUUCCAGCACUUGUUGCUAAAAAGAGUGUUGGUGUGGAGGGUGAACCUUCUGAAGUAGGGAAAGGCCAAAUUAGCAGCAAGGAUGCGCAUUCUGGGGAAACUGGACAGGAUAAUGGUGAUUGUAAGCAACCUGAUAAGACGAGCCAAAUGAAAGAUGAAGUGGGUACUCAAGUAAUCAAAAGGGAUGCAGUAACACCUGUUGCACAACCUGAGCACAUAAAAACAGAACGGCAUAAUUUAGAUGCUAGUGUUCAUAAACAGAAUGAGUACUGUUCUGGCUCUCUGUCCCCAGAAAAUAUUGGAAGGAAACCUGCAGCCUUUAGCGAAGUAGUCAAGUCUAAUGGAAAGGGUUAUAAUGACCGUAAAACACAACCUGUGAUGAACUCAUCUGAAGCCAAUUGUUCUGGGGGGAAAGGUCUUCCUCAGGCGUUCGAUGGUCAGGACCCACCAAAUAAUAUGAAGGAUGGUGCAUCUGGGAUAGCUGCGGAUAUGAAGUCCACAAAAUUGCUCAAGAAACCGGAGGACCUAUCAACUAGUCAAGUGGACAGGCAAGCAAAAGGCAUUGUGAAUGAGAGGACAGGGGUUACUCCAACUGGUGUUGUAAAGGUUGGCUCUGUGCACAUCAAGCUAAAUGCGUCUGGGGGCUCGUCAUCAGAGAUUAUAGGUGAUGGAAGUGGUUCCCUGGAGAUGAAGGGGGCGGAACAUACUGAGCAGGCAAUCUCAAGAAAAGCGGCUUAAGUGGAGUCAGGUGCAAAUCGUUUGCAACUGAUUUCUUUUUAUUUCUGGGUGUUGUGAGUUCUUAAAUUAACAUUUCCAUGGUGUGUUGGUCUGGAUUAGCUAGCUACUUUUGCUUCUGGCUACCGCAGUUGGGUUUUCAGCCUGACUACUGACAUCUUGACAUCAAGGUUGGUUGGGUUUGGGUAUAGUCUUUUUUUGUUUCAUAAUCUCCAACAGGUCAUUAGAGGUAUUUGUGGUGGGGAAAAUCGUUUCUGUUUGUUGCUGUGGUGAUAUUCAUUAGCAGUGGUUGGAUUAUGCAUUGGGCAUUAUUGGGUGAAAUGUAAUCGAGUUUUCUAUGGUACCAAUAUGGAGUAUUAGUUGCUGAA